AUGCAAAAUCUCACAACACCAGACGAACCUACUCUGCUUUACAUCGGCAACCUUGAUCCCCGUGUAACUGAACUUACACUCGCAGAAUUGUUUUCUCCAUUCGGUCAAGUUAAAAAUACCAAAGUGAUCUCGGACAAGAAUCUGACACACAGUGGACCUCGUUAUGGAUUUGUGGAAUAUGUUCACCCAAUGUCAGCUCAGCAAGCAUUAUUAAAAAUGAACGGAAGUUUGGUCUUUAGCAACGAGAUCAAAGUUAACUGGGGUAUCCAGCGAGCCCAAAAGGAAGACAAUACUAGCCAACACGCAGUUUUUGUUGGCGAUCUUAGUGGUGAUGUUAACGAUGAUAUGCUUGCAAAGGCAUUUGGUGUCUUUGAUAGUAUCACUGAAGCACGUAUUAUGUGGGAUCCUCAAUCUGGACAAUCUCGAGGCUUUGGCUUUGUAGGUUUCCGUGACCGUGCUCAAGCUGAACAAGCAAUUGCAACUAUGAAUGGAGAGCGCCUUGGAGCUAGAGCUAUUCGUGUCAAUUGGGCUAACCAAAAGAACCAGGGACCACAGAGAUUAAUCACAGGACCAUUAUCAGCCAAUUAUGAAAAGGUGUUAAAUGAAUCGCCCGUAAACAACACCACAGUAUAUGUUGGAAACAUUGUUCCCUACACACAGCAGCAAGACUUGUUACCAUUCUUCCAGUCAUAUGGUCAGGUUACAGAGAUCCGUCUCCAACCUGAGCGUGGUUUUGCUUUUCUAAGAAUGGAGAGUCACACAAGUGCUGCUGCUGCCAUUGUUUCUCUUCAAGGAAUCGUUAUUCACGGUCGCCCUGCCAAGUUGUCAUGGGGCCGUAGUAGACCACAAAUUAGAGAUGACAAUAACAAUAACAAUAACCGUCAAUCAAUCUACAAUCAAUCUACCCCAGCCAAUGGCUGGGAAUGUACCUACAGCUACAGCCACAGUUACAGUUACAGAUACAGCCACACCCAACCACGCACAGUUACAGUUACAGCUACAGUAACAACUUCUGGGCCUGCUCCUGCUCCUGCAUCUGUAGUUGUUGUACCAGCCACUAGAGUUCCAACCACUACUACUAAUCUAGCAGCCGUAACAGGAUCAGAAACCAACAAAUCGUCUGGUCAACCUAAUUGGGAUCCUUUUUAUCCUCAGUAUUAUGAAAACCGAGCCUCUGUUCCUCAAUAA